GAAGAAGAAGAAGAAGAAGCUGCAACGAAGAAAAAAUUCAUCUGAAUAAGAUACUGAACACAUUCACACAAAACAUGGAACCGAGUAUAAAACAUUGUUUCCAAGUUGUAAAUCUACAACCUGUGUAAAUUGAUACGCUGCAUCCAUAAUCUCUUAGAAAAAUUCUUUCAAUGCGAAGUUUCUUUUCGUACGCCGACAAGUGUACAUCGCAGUUCUCACAGCAUGCAUUCCCCGCAAGUAAUAACGAAAAACUAAUAAUGAAAUUGUGGAGUGGGGAUACUGGGUUUCGUGAGAUGACAACAAAGUCGAACGUUCGACCGAUUUUAAUAGUUAAUGGUUCAGUCUUGCUACGGAUUUCGACGAGUACACAUCGCAGUUCUCGUAGUACGCAUUCUAUGGAAGUAUUAGAGAAGAGUCAAUAAUGAAAUGGAGGAGUGGGGAUAUUCUCCCACUCGUGACAACAAUAUAAGCGCACAGCUACUAUUGCUUCGAAUUUCGACGAGUACGCAUCGCAGUUCUCGUAGUACGCAUUCUUUGGAAAUAGUGGAGAAGAGUCAAUAAUGAAAUGGAGGAGUGGGGAUAUUCUCCCACUCGGGACGACAAUAUAAGCGACAGCUACUGGUUCAGUCUUGCUUCGAAUUUCGACGAGUACGCAUCGCAGUUCUCGUAGUAUGUAUUCUUUGGAAGUAUUAGAGAAGAGUCAAUAAUGAAAUGGAGGAGUGGGGAUAUUCUCCCACUAGUGACGACAAUAUAAGCGACAGCUACUGGUUCAGUCUUGCUUCGAAUUUCGACGAGUACGCAUCGCAGUUCUCGUAGUAUGUAUUCUUUGGAAGUAUUAGAGAAGAGUCAAUAAUGAAAUGGAGGAGUGGGGAUAUUCUCCCACUAGUGACGACAAUAUAAGCGACAGCUACUGGUUCAGUCUUGCUUCGAAUUUCGACGAGUACGCAUCGCAGUUCUCCCAGUACACGUUCUCCACAAGUAAUAGAGAAGAGUUAAUAUUCAAAUUGCGAAGUGGGGAUACUCGGAUGCGAGAGACAACAACAAAGACGGGCCUUCGUCCGACCCUUACAGUUACUAGUUCAGUUGUGUUUUGGACUUCGACGAGGGAACUUAGAAAAUUUCGCGGAGGCUAUUCCUAUUCAAAUUGCGAAGUGGGGAUACUCGGAUGCGAGAGACAACAACAAAGACGGGCCUUCGACCGACCCUUACAGUUACUAGUUCAGUUGUGUUUUGGACUUCGACGAGGGAACAUAGAAAAUUUCGCGGAGGCUAUUCCUAAUGAAAUGGAGGAGUGGGGAUAUUCUCCCACUAGUGACGACAAUAUAAGCGACAGCUACUGGUUCAGUCUUGCUUCGAAUUUCGACGAGUACGCAUCGCAGUUCUCCCAGUACACGUUCUCCACAAAUUUAAAUUGCGAAGUGGGGAUACUCGGAUGCGAGAGACAACAACAAAGACGGGCCUUCGUCCGACCCUUACAGUUACUAGUUCAGUUGUGUUUUGGACUUCGACGAGGGAACAUAGAAAAUUUCGCGGAGGCUAUUCCUAAUGAAAUGGAGGAGUGGGGAUAUUCUCCCACUAGUGACGACAAUAUAAGCGACAGCUACUGGUUCAGUCUUGCUUCGAAUUUCGACGAGUACGCAUCGCAGUUCUCCCAGUACACGUUCUCCACAAGUGAUAGAGAAGAGUUAAUAUUUAAAUUGCGAAGUGGGGAUACUCGGAUGCGAGAGACAACAACAAAGACGGGCCUUCGUCCGACUCUUACAGUUACUAGUUCAGUUGUGUUUUGGACUUCGACGAGGGAACUUAGAAAAUUUCGCGGAAGCUAUUCCUGCAAGUAUUAACGAAGAGUUCAUUGAAACAUACAACAGUUUAUUUGAUAUUAGACUAAAUGCGAAGUGGGGAUACUCUGCUUCGAGAGACGACAACAAAGUCGUGCCUUUGACCGACUUCUAUAG